AUGUACAGCUUAGUUCACGAAGAGAGCUUUCCUUAUUACCUUUACUGCUCCGCCUCUGCCUUUGUUAGGCGAGGUCGUCAAAUGGUUGCUACGAGAAGCCCUCCUGGUGUAAAAAUCUCCAUUCCUUACGACGAAAUUUGCGAAAGAGGCACGGUCGCAUUUGUUAUCCCGGGCUUAAAAAUGAUGAUGCUAUGUGACGCGAUGUGGAGACUCGACCCUCCUAAUCAUGAGUGUGACUGGAGGGAGCGUCUACAGGUAGGAACUGAUAUUGGAGAGAUGAGAAGCGUCGGAUCGACCAUUUUCCAUGAGUUUACUCACCUUAUAUUGCACACCCUCGACCACGCAUAUGACUUUGUUAAAUGUCUCCAGAUUGCGGAAAGACGCCCAGAGGAAGCACGAAACAAUGCCAAUAGUAUGACUUGGUAUUCUGGCUUCGCACGGUGA